GACUACAAGAAACUGGUAAAAUAUUUUUCUUCCUCUUCAGUUCUAUUAAAUACAAUGAUGUAUGAAAAGGCUUUGAUGAAGAAAGCUCUAAACUACAGGGUUGAGGGUAGCCCAGGAUGGCUGCAGCUUCAUAUGAUCAGUUGUUAAAGCAAGUUGAGGCAUUAAAGAUGGAAAACUCCAACCUUCGACAAGAGCUUGAGGACAACUCAAAUCACCUAACAAAACUGGAAACUGAAGCAUCUAAUAUGAAGGAGGUGCUAAAACAGCUGCAAGGAAGUAUUGAAGACGAAGCAAUGGCAUCUUCUGGGCAAAUUGAUUUGCUGGAACGACUUAAAGAACUGAACUUGGAAGGUGGUAACUUCCCCGGAGUGAAGUUAAGGCCAAAGGUGUCCGUGCGUUCAUAUGGGAGCCGGGAAGGGUCUGUGUCAAGCCGUUCAGGAGAGUGCAGUCCUGUUCCCAUGGGAUCAUUUCCAAGAAGAGGUUUUAUGAAUGGAAGCAGAGAAAGCACUGGUUAUUUAGAAGAGCUAGAAAAAGAGAGAUCUCUUUUGCUUGCGGAGCUUGAGAAGGAAGAGAAAGAAAAGGACUGGUAUUAUGCUCAACUUCAGAACCUUACUAAAAGGAUCGAUAGUCUCCCCCUUACUGAAAACUUCUCCUUGCAAACAGAUAUGACCAGAAGGCAGUUAGAGUAUGAGGCAAGACAGAUCAGAGCUGCAAUGGAAGAGCAGCUAGGUACUUGUCAGGACAUGGAGAAGCGAGCACAGGUGAGAGUGGCAAGGAUUCAGCAGAUAGAGAAGGACAUUGUUCGUAUACGGCAGCUCCUGCAGUCACAAGCAGCUGAAGCAGAGAGGGCACCUCAAAGCAAGCAUGAUACAGGCUCACAUGAUACAGAGAGGCAGAAUGAAGGUCAAGGAGCAGCAGAAAUCAGCAUGGCAACUACUGGUACUGGUCAGGGUUCCGCUGCUCGAAUGGACCAUGAGGCAGCCACUGUUAUGAGUUCUAGUAACAGCUACUCUGUUCCUCGUAGACUGACAAGUCACCUGGGGACCAAGGUGGAAAUGGUGUAUUCUUUGUUGUCAAUGCUUGGUACUCAUGAUAAGGAUGACAUGUCACGAACUUUGCUGGCGAUGUCUAGCUCCCAAGACAGCUGCAUAGCCAUGCGCCAGUCUGGAUGUCUGCCCCUCCUCAUCCAGCUUUUACAUGGCAACGAUAAGGACUCUGUCUUGCUAGGAAACUCUCGUGGUAGUAAAGAGGCCCGUGCCAGGGCCAGUGCCGCCCUGCACAACAUCAUUCACUCCCAGCCGGAUGAUAAGCGAGGCAGACGGGAAAUCCGCGUGCUCCAUCUUUUGGAGCAAAUCCGUGCUUACUGUGAGACGUGCUGGGAAUGGCAGGAGGCGCAUGAACAAGGCAUGGACCAGGACAAAAACCCAAUGCCAGCUCCAGUUGAUCAUCAAAUCUGUCCUGCAGUGUGUGUUUUGAUGAAACUUUCAUUUGAUGAAGAACACAGACAUGCAAUGAAUGAGCUUGGAGGGUUGCAGGCCAUUGCAGAGCUGUUGCAAGUGGACUGUGAAAUGUAUGGACUUACAAAUGACCACUAUAGUGUUACCUUAAGAAGGUAUGCUGGAAUGGCUCUGACUAACUUGACUUUUGGAGAUGUGGCCAACAAGGCUACGUUAUGUUCUAUGAAGGGCUGCAUGAGAGCUCUUGUAGCACAAUUAAAAUCUGAAAGUGAAGAUUUGCAACAGGUCAUUGCAAGUGUUUUGAGGAACUUGUCCUGGCGAGCAGAUGUAAAUAGUAAAAAGACUCUACGUGAAGUUGGAAGUGUGAAAGCAUUGAUGGAAUGUGCUUUAGAAGUUAAGAAGGAAUCCACCUUAAAAAGUGUUUUGAGUGCCUUAUGGAAUUUGUCAGCACACUGCACUGAGAACAAAGCUGAUAUAUGUGCUGUCGAUGGGGCUCUUGCCUUUCUAGUGGGCACACUGACAUACCGAAGCCAAACAAACACUUUAGCCAUCAUUGAAAGUGGAGGAGGAAUAUUAAGAAAUGUUUCUAGCCUAAUUGCUACUAAUGAGGACCACAGGCAAAUCUUAAGAGAGAACAGCUGCUUGCAAACCCUGUUACAGCACCUGAAGUCACAUAGUUUGACAAUAGUCAGUAAUGCAUGUGGGACCCUGUGGAAUCUUUCUGCCCGAAAUGCAAAAGAUCAGGAGGCACUGUGGGACAUGGGAGCAGUAAGCAUGCUCAAAAAUCUCAUUCACUCAAAACACAAAAUGAUAGCAAUGGGCAGUGCUGCAGCUCUAAGAAACCUGAUGGCAAAUAGGCCAGCAAAAUAUAAGGAUGCCAAUAUUAUGUCUCCAGGAUCAAGCUUACCAUCUCUUCAUGUUAGAAAACAAAAGGCACUGGAAGCAGAAUUAGAUGCUCAGCACUUAUCGGAGACUUUUGACAAUAUUGAUAAUUUAAGCCCCAAAGCUUCUCACCGUAAUAAGCAGAGACAUAAGCAAAAUAUAUAUAGUGAGUAUGUCCUGGACUCCAGUCGACAUGAUGAUGGGAUUUGCAGAGCAGAGACCUUUAAUACUGGUAAUGUGACUGUGCUUUCGCCGUAUUUAAAUACUACAGUACUGCCUGGCUCCUCUUCCUCCAGUAGAGGAAAUGCAGAAAGUUCUCGAUCUGAGAAAGACAGAAGUCUUGAUAGGGAUCGUGCCGUGGGUUUAAAUAGUUACCAUCCAGCUACAGAGAGUACUGGGAACUCCUCUAAGAGAAUAGGAAUGCAGAUUUCUACUGCUGCAGUUCAGAUUGCCAAAGUUAUGGAAGAAGUAACAAGCAUGCACAUGCCACAGGAGGACAGAAGUUCUGGUUCCACUUCAGAAAUGCACUGUUUGACAGACGACAGAAAUGCUCCAAGAAGAACCACCACUGCCCAUACUCACCCAAAUACAUACUUCCCUAAAUCUGAAAAUCCCAGCAGGACAUGUCCUGUGCCUUACACAAAAAUGGAGUACAAGAGAGCUUCAAAUGAUAGCUUAAAUAGCGUCAGCAGCAGUGAUGGCUAUGGUAAAAGAGGCCAAAUGAAACCUUCCAUUGAAUCGUACUCAGAAGAUGAUGAAAGUAAAUUUUGUAGUUAUGGUCAAUACCCCGCUGACUUGGCACAUAAGAUACAUAGUGCAAAUCAUAUGGAUGACAAUGAUGGAGAGCUAGACACUCCUAUUAAUUACAGCCUUAAAUAUUCUGAUGAACAGUUAAAUUCUGGAAGGCAGAGUCCCUCUCAGAAUGAAAGAUGGGCAAGACCUAAGCACAUAAUAGAUGAGGAAAUAAAACAAAAUGAACAACGGCAGUCAAGGAGCCAAAAUGCAACUUACUCCAUAUAUUCUGAAAGCGGAGAUGAUAAACACAUGAAAUACCAGUCGCCUUUUGGACAACAAGAGUGUGUUUCUUCUUUCAGAUCAAGAGGAUCCAGUGGUUCUGAUCAGAACAGAGUAGGCUCCACACUUGGAAUGAAUCAGAAAGUGAGCCAGUCCUUGUGCCAAGUUGAUGAUUAUGAUGAUGAUAAGCCAACAAACUACAGUGAGCGCUAUUCUGAGGAGGAGCAGCAUGAAGAGGAAGAAGACAGACCAACCAAUUACAGCAUAAAGUACAGUGAAGAGGAACACCAUGUAGAUCAGCCUAUUGAUUACAGUCUAAAGUAUUCAACAGAAGUUCCUCCUUCUUCUCAGAAGCCAUCUUUUACUUUUUCGAAGAGUUCAUCAGUGCAAAGCUCUAAAACUGAUCAUAUUUCCUCAAGUAGUGGGAACACAUCAGCCCCUUCAGCUAGUUCGAAGAGACAAAAUCAGCUUCACCCAAGUUCUGCCCAGAACAGAGGUGGCCAUGCUCAAAAGACUGCUUCCUGCAAGACUCCCUCUAUUAAUCAGGAAACUAUACAAACUUACUGUGUGGAGGACACACCAAUAUGUUUUUCAAGAUGUAGCUCACUGUCAUCUUUGUCAUCAGCUGAAGAUGAAAUGGGGCGUGAUCAAGCCACCUGUGUGACAGAUGCUAAUAACACACUGCAGAUAGCAGAACUAAAAGAAGGCAGUGGGACUCUGUCUACUGAAGGUGCAGUAAAUGAAGUUGCAUCAACAUCACAACACAUCAGAACAAAAUCCAGCAGACUUCAGACUUCUAGCUUAUCUCCUUCUGAUUCCUCUAGACAUAAAGCUGUUGAAUUUUCUUCAGGUGCCAAAUCUCCUUCAAAGAGUGGUGCACAAACUCCUAAAAGUCCACCAGAGCACUAUGUGCAGGAGACUCCACUCAUGUUCAGCAGGUGCACAUCUGUAAGUUCCCUGGAUAGUUUUGAAAGCCGUUCAAUUGCCAGCUCGGUUCAAAGUGAGCCUUGCAGUGGAAUGGUAAGUGGUAUUAUAAGUCCCAGUGAUCUUCCAGACAGCCCUGGGCAAACAAUGCCUCCAAGCAGAAGUAAAACGCCACCCCCUGCUCAAGGAACUCAAGUAAAGAGAGAAGCAGCUAAAGGUAAGGCACCUAAUGCAGAAAAGAGAGAACCUGGUCCUAGGCAGGCAGCUGUGAAUGCAGCUGUUCAGAGAGUGCAAGUACUGCCAGAUGCUGACACCUUACUACAUUUUGCCACAGAAAGUACACCAGAUGGAUUUUCUUGCUCUUCUAGCCUAAGUGCUCUGAGUCUUGAUGAACCAUUUAUACAGAAAGACAUAGAGUUAAGAAUAAUGCCUCCUGUACAUGAAAAUGACCACGGAAACGAAACAGAACCUGAACAGUCAGAUGACACAAAGGAUAAUCAAGAGAAGAAAGCAGAGAAAUCUGCUGAUGCAGAAAAAGACAUUCUGGAUGAUUCUGAUGAUGAUGAUAUUGAAAUACUGGAAGAAUGUAUUAUUUCUGCAAUGCCAACAAAAUCUUCACGUAAAGCCAAAAAGCCUUCUCAAGCAUCUGCUUCAAAAAUACCUCCUCCUGUAGCCAGGAAGCCAAGCCAGCUGCCAGUUUACAAACUUCUGCCUUCACAAAGCAGACUGCAGUCCCAGAAGCACGUGAGCUUUACCCCUGGAGAUGACAUGCCGCGGGUAUAUUGCGUUGAGGGCACACCAAUAAAUUUCUCAACAGCUACAUCUCUAAGUGAUCUCACGAUAGAAUCUCCACCAAACGAGUUGGCCAAUGUAGAGAACGUGGGUACUGGGGUAGACGCAGCGGAAUUUGAAAAGAGAGAUACCAUUCCAACAGAGGGCAGGAGUACAGAUGAAACUCAGAGAGCAAAAAGCUCCGCUGUCACUGCUGCAGGUCUGGAAGAUGACAAAACAGAAGAGGGCGAUAUUCUAGCUGAGUGCAUUAACUCAGCUAUGCCAAAAGGGAAAAGUCACAAGCCUUUCAGAGUAAAGAAGAUAAUGGAUCAAAUUCAGCAAGCGUCUUCAGCUCUAAGUAACAAAAAUCAAUCAGGAGGAGAGAAAAAGAAGCCAACAUCACCAGUAAAGCCUGCUCCCCAAAAUAAUGAGUACAGAGCACGAAUAAGAAAAAACACAGAGCCUAAAAGCAACAUUAGUAAUGAAAGGAGCUAUUCAGAAAACAGAGAUGCAAAGAAACAUCUUAAAAAUAAUUCAAGAGAUUUUAAUGAUAAACUUCCAAAUAAUGAAGAGCGUGUAAGAGGAAGCUUUGCCUUUGAUUCCCCUCAUCAUUACACACCUAUUGAGGGAACUCCCUACUGUUUUUCACGAAAUGAUUCCCUAAGUUCUUUAGAUUUUGAUGAUGAUGAUGUUGAUCUUUCAAGGGAAAAAGCAGAAUUAAGAAAAGGAAAAGAAGCGAAGGAAAUGGAAAGCAAAGACUGUGUGAAUCCUGAGCAGACUUCAAAUCAGCAGCCAAGUAAUAGGACACAAGUCUGUCAAAAACACCCAGCAAGCAGAAGCCAGUCUAAAACUUUCUCUCCAUCAACUAAAGAUAUUCCAGACAGAGGAGCAGCUACAGAUGAGAAAAUGCAGAAUUUUGCUAUCGAAAAUACCCCUGUUUGUUUUUCUCGCAAUUCAUCUCUUAGUUCCCUCAGUGAUAUUGAUCAGGAAAACAACAACAAAGAAAGCGAACCUGCAAAACGAAAUGAGGUUCCUGAUUCUCAGAUGGAAUCAAACAGACCUCAGACUUCUGGUUAUGCGCCAAAGUCAUUCCACGUGGAAGAUACACCUGUGUGUUUCUCUAGAAACAGCUCCCUGAGUUCUCUUAGUAUUGACUCAGAAGAUGAUCUUUUGCAGGAAUGCAUUAGUUCUGCUAUGCCUAAAAAGAAAAAGCCUUCAAGAGUGAAGAAUGAAAGUGAAAAACAUAAUUCUAGAAAUAUGGGUGGUAUACUGGCAGAAGAUUUAACACUGGAUCUGAGAGAUAUACAAAGGCCAGAGUCGGAGCAUGGUUUCUCACCUGAUUCAGAGAACUUUGAUUGGAAAGCUAUACAAGAAGGUGCAAAUUCUAUAGUUAGUAGCUUGCAUCAAGCUGCAGCUGCUGCAUCACUGUCUAGACAAGCUUCAUCAGACUCUGAUUCUAUCCUUUCCUUGAAAUCUGGUAUUUCUCUAGGGUCACCAUUUCAUCUUACCCCAGACCAAGAAGAAAAGCCUUUUACUAAUAAUAAAGGUCCAAGAAUUCUUAAGCCAGGAGAGAAAAGCACAUUGGAGUCUAAAAAAGUAGAAUCUGAAAACAAGGGGAUUAAAGGAGGGAAGAAAGUAUAUAAAAGUAUUAUUACAGGAAAAGUUCGCUCCAAUUCUGAAGUUUCGGCCCAGCUGAAGCAACCGCAACAAACACCUAUGCCUUCAAUUUCACGUGGUAGGACAAUGAUUCAUAUUCCAGGAGUUCGAAAUAGUUCCUCAAGUACUAGUCCUGUUUCCAAGAAAGGCCCCCCAGUGAAAAACACAAGCUCCAAGAGUCCAAGUGAAGGGCAAAGUUGCACCAGUUCUCCAAGAGGAGUCAAGUCAUCAGUGAAAUCUGAGCCAGCUCCUGUAACAAGGCAGCCCUCUCAGCAGAGUGGAUCAAGUAAAGGACCUUCUCGGUCAGGAUCUAGAGACUCCACUCCUUCCAGACCUCAACAGCAGCCAUUAAGCAGACCGCUGCAGUCUCCAGGUCGAAACUCAAUUUCUCCAGGAAGAAAUGGUAUAAGUCCUCCCAACAAACUGUCUCAGCUGCCAAGGACAUCAUCUCCCAGUACAGCUUCAACUAAAUCUUCAAGUUCAGGAAGGAUGUCUUAUACCUCGCCGGGCCGGCAGAUGAGCCAACAAAACCUUACAAAGCAAACUGCCUUACCUAAGAGUAACAGCGGCAUUCCCAGAAGUGAGUCUGCUUCAAAAGGAUUAAACCAGAUUCUCAGUAGUGGUGGAUCCAACAAAAAGACUGACCUGGCCAGAAUGUCAUCUGCAAAAUCUAGCGGAAGCGAAUCUGACAGAUCUGAGAGACCUGUUCUGGUUCGUCAGUCAACUUUUAUUAAGGAAGCUCCGAGUCCAACUCUAAGGCGGAAAUUAGAAGAGUCGGCUUCGUUUGAAUCUCUCUCCCCUUCCAGACCAGAUUCUCCCACCAGAUCCCAAAUACAGACACCAGUUUUAAGUCCAUCUCUUCCUGAUAUGUCUUUAUCCAGUCAUUCAACUGCACAGAGUAGUGGUUGGCGGAAAUUACCUCCUAAUCUGAGCCCUUCAGUGGAAUAUGAUGGGAGACCCGUGAAACGUCAUGAUAUAGCUCGUUCUCAUUCUGAGAGUCCAUCUAGAUUGCCCAUCAAUAGAUCAGGAACGUGGAAGCGUGAGCAUAGUAAGCAUUCCUCAUCGCUGCCUCGUGUCAGCACUUGGCGAAGAACUGGGAGCUCUUCUUCAAUUCUGUCAGCUUCUUCCGAAUCCAGUGAAAAGGCAAAAAGUGAAGACGAAAAGCAACACGGAAGUUCUGGACCUAAGCAAAGCAAAGAAAGUCAAGCACCAACAAAAGGUACUUGGAGAAAAAUAAAAGAAAAUGAAAUUACUCAAAUAAUGAAUGAUCCUCAGCAUUCUUCUUCAGGUGCAACGAAUGGCUCUGAUUCCAAAACUCUAAUUUAUCAGAUGGCACCAGCUGUCUCUAAGACAGAGGAUGUGUGGGUGAGGAUAGAAGACUGCCCAAUUAAUAAUCCUCGAUCUGGAAGGUCUCCAACUGGAAAUACUCCCCCUGUUAUUGACAGUGUUCCAGAGAAAGCGGCUGUGAGUAGUAAAGAUUCGAAAGACAGUCAAGAAAAACAAAAUGCGGGGAAUGGAAACGUUCCUGUUCGUACCACUGGUUUAGAAAGUCGUCUGAACUCAUUUAUUCAAAUAGACAGUCCAGACAAGAAAGGAAUUGAAGCAAAACCUGUGCAGAAUAACACUGUACCUGCACCAGAAAAUAACGAGAGCACGGUCAGUGAGCGCACGCCGUUCAGCUCCAGCAGCUCCAGCAAGCACAGCUCCCCCAGCGGCGCUGUGGCAGCGAGGGUGACUCCCUUCAACUACAACCCAAGCCCCAGGAAAAGCAGCGCAGACAACAGCUCUGCUCGGCCGUCGCAAAUACCAACGCCGGUAAAUAACAGCACCAAGAAGCGUGACUCCAAGACAGAAAACACAGACUCCAGCGGAACUCAGAGCCCCAAACGCCAUUCAGGUUCCUACCUGGUGACUUCUGUUUAAAUAUAUAUAUUAAAAAAAAAAAAGUAAAACUGAUGUAUUAUUUACAGCAGCUAUUAAGAAAACAUUUGUUUCACAUGAAACUUUAAGAUUGGGGAUUGGUUUUAUCUGUUGUUUUUAUUUUUUGUAAAUAGGUUUGAUUCUUGUUAGAGGGUCCUUGUUCUGGAAGCCAUAUUUGAUAGUAUACUUUGUCUUCACUGGUAAUAUUUUGGAGGGAUACUUGACUGACAGUUUGGAGUUAAAAAUUGCUAGUGCAAUGAUAUUUGUACAGUAUGUUUAACAUGUAUUUAAUUAGCCUCCCAUCUCAUAAGUCUUUAAAUAUUGCUUGUGUUGAAAUCAUGAACAUUACAGCUAGAGACCAUCUAGUCAUAUUGCCUAUCAACCAUUUCUAGACUACAGACUGACUAAACUACAUCAGGGAUUAAUUGGUAUUAUUUAUGCAAAAAAAAAGUAUACUCAGUUUUAGUAAUUGUGAGUCCACCUAAACCAAUAAUUAAUCAUGUGGCUGUGAAAUUCACAGUAAUAUGGUUUCUGCUGAACAAGCUUUCCUGGCCUGCUUUUCUGCAUGAUUGGAACUGAUGGUUCAUUUUCUGAAGUAAUGAUUAACAUUUCUGUGGUCACAUAAUGUGCAUAGAUAGCUAUGGUGUAACAAUUUACACUUCUUGUGCUCUGCAUCAAAAGGAAAACUGUGUAACUGUAAAACCUUGAAAAAAAAUAUUUUACCUGAACUAGACUUUAUCUUAAAGUAGGUAGAAUUUUUUUGCUAUGCUGUAACUUGUUGUAUAUUCUGGUAUUUGAGGUGAGAUGGCUGCUCUUUUAUUAAGGAGAAAUGGGUGAUGUCUCAACCGAGACUAAAAUGAACAUUUCAGAAUAAAUUAUUACU